GCUAGCGACAGGGGGGUCGAGAUGUACGCGUGAGGCGGGACCCAACGUAGAUUAAAUUCUCAGACCGUAAGUCUCGGUGUCCACAGUGAUACAUCUCCAACUACUCGCGGUUCGACUAGCCAGAGAAACGGGCACAAACUCAAGAUGGACAGGAGAAAAAUGUCAACCUCGGGGGAUUCCCUGUAUCAAAUUCUUGAAAUCCCUAAAACGGCAACAGCCGAGGAUAUCAAGAAAGCCUAUAGGAAGUUGGCGCUGAAGUAUCAUCCUGACAAAAAUCCUAAUAAUCCAGAGGCGGCGGAUAAGUUCAAGGAAAUAAAUCGAGCACACGCAACGCUAACGGAUUUAACCAAACGUAACAUAUACGACAAUUAUGGGUCCCUUGGCAUUUACGUAGGCGAACAAUUUGGUGAAGAAAAUGUAAAUGCCUAUUUCGUUUAUACUUCAGGCUGGUGUAAGGCCCUCCUUGCAUUCUGCAUCUUCAUAACCGGAUGCUGUUGCUGCUGUUGUUGCUGUUGCUGCUGCAACUUCUGCUGUGGCAAGUACAAACCGAUGCCACCGGAGGACAGUGGACAGUACCAUAAUUUACAGCAGGACCGGAAUCAACAAGGCAAUGUUGUGACGAAUCAACCCCGUGGUUACCGCGAGGAGGACGAGAGCGACGAGGACCUGGUGACGUCGCAGCCGCAAGGAGGAGCGUCGCAAGGCGCCCAGGGUGCCCAACCGGCGUUCGCGAUGCCGCCACCUCCGCCACCGACGACGGUCAACGAGAACACCACCUUGAACAGUGCCGGGGAGCGCAUCACCUACACCACUGGCACCAAUCCUUUCAUAGGACCCAACACCGGCUCGGCACCCACGGGGCCCAACAAGUGGUAGUCAAGGACUCGGCCAACUCUAACCGACCUACGCAACUCGAAGUAGCUUAAAAUUCGUCGACAUCACAUCUAUAAAUCCACCGCGAAGUAGCGUUCACGUCGGUCGUCGGCGAUCCGUUCCAUCGAUCGUUGAAGGUCGCCGCUAAUUCUUAAUCAUGGUUCCAUCCAGCCGCUUCCUCGCUUGAAUGCACGAUUAAUAAAGUCCGAGCUCCCCGUUAAGGGGACACGAAAGUGCCGUCAAAGGUCUCGUUGAUCAAACUUUUUUAAAUUCUUUAUAAAACGUGAAAUUUCAUGGGCCUCCGGAUCUUCCCCGUGGCCUCUGUAUUCACGUUGCAAAGUUUCAAACGAUUCGGCACACCGAGUUCGGAGAAGAGUUUCAUAAACGAGACCUCUUCGAAGUCACUUUCAUAUCGCCUUAAGAUCUCGUAUCGAGCAAUUGAAUGAGCCGAUCAUUCGUUACGACUCCAAUGGAGAGUCGGUAGAUUUUUGAAAGGGUAUUCGUUCCCUUUUGUUCCAUGAACGACGUUCACCGACGUCGGUGAAAGAAAAAAAAAAUGUCUCUCUUCUCGUUUGAUUAAACGACGUCGCGGUCGGCGUCGUCGUUAUGUAGAAAGUGACAAUACGCUCGAGAGGUGCGGAACCAAUCGCAAACGAACGAAGAUAAGGAACGUGACGAUUUCUGACUCCGAUCGGGUAAUUGCGUGUCAACGCGUCGCGUCGUUUUCGGGAAUGCUACUUUGUGCGGAAUUUUGCAUCCGUAGGAGUUAUCGAGUACGAUUAAGGGUUAUUAUUAAGGCUGUCCGAACGAGCCGGGCCCGAUAGAACGAAACGAUCAUUAGUGGAUUCCUCAAAGCGUUCGGAUCAUCCGUUUAACUUAAUCGUUCGAUCGAGCACGCGGCGAGGUUUGCUUUCUUCUUUUGCUGAAUUCCUCGAGAAGGUCGUGACUUUUUUCUUCUUUCGGCGCGCACUCGGCCUGCGUUAUUUCGAAUAACCCCGCGACUCGGAUGGGCCUUACCUCCGAGUUCUAUCCAGUCUCGACGAUCUCUCGCGUCGAAUCGAAAAAUCUAAAAUGCGUCCCCUCGGUCGUGCGAGCGUCUUCAUUUUUUUACCGUUUUUUUUGUCCCCUCUUUCGAUCGGAGAGCCGCGGGAUCAGCGAUAUAGCCGAUCGAUCGAGUAGGCAGUAAGUGUUGGCGAAGAAGGGAAAGCGAAAUUUCGUGUCCGCCAAGCAACGAUUAGACGAGACGUAAAGAUUAUAGUUUUCAAGGGGUCUUGGUAAUUCGUGGGUGUUUUCGAAUAGCUAUGAUACACGUAUAUGUGAUAUAUCGAUAUAUAUGUACAUUAUUAGGCCGGCAUGUACGAGAGCAACACUCGUACGCGGAAACGGCAGAAAGAGAGCCCGGUCGAAUCUCUUAAUCGAGUUCGUUGACGUUCCCUUUUCCCCCCGUGCCCUUUUCAUUCAAUUAUUUAUACGUUAUCGACGAUCAACGUUGCCGGCAACCGUAAUUCGUACGUUUGUCGAUCGGUAUUCUAAGCGGUCGCGUUGAUACGACAGAAGUUAGGACGUUUCGAUGUACUUUGUAAUAUAUGAAGAUAUAGUUACGAUAGUUAUUUAAUUCGGUACAGUGCGGUAUACUUUUAAAGAGACAGGUCUAUACAUAGUGCAUAUAUGUACAAGCCUAUAUACGAGUAUUAACCGGAUAUAUCCAGUGUGCCCGUCGAAGGCACUUCGCAUUUAAUCGCCUUUUUCUCGAGUAUGCAUACAUAUACUUAGACGAUUGAAUUAAUAUUUAACGAGUACUUAAAGGACGCGCGAGAUAUAUUCCUUUGGGUACCUUAUAUACACCUGUAUGUAUAUGUGUAUGUAUAAUGCCGAACGCGUAGAUAUUCCCCUCGUUAGGUUUCCGCUCCCCGUUAGUCCGAGUUAAGAGCAAAUGUAUAGUUUUCUUUUAGAGCCACGUUCCUUUGAUCGACGUUUCACGGGUUUGAGUAAUUCGUAAAAUGGAAAUCCUUUUCGAGGCGCAACUUGUACUCGCGAGUUCUCGGACGAGUCGUCCGUUCUUUUUACGAUUUUCCACGCGCUCUCGUGUUUUUUAGUCCCGCGCAAAUCCAAUUGACGGAACGCGUCGACAAGUGUACUUUGAUCCUUAUACGCUAUAAGUCAUAAUAUACAUACAAGUAAUUUGUCACUUAUACGGUUAUGUGACUACAGAUUGUACUUAAGUAGGAGUCUCUGUAAAAUCAUGUAUUACGAAGCAAGAAUUGUAAAUAAACUAAAGACCUGUAACGGAA